AUGGGCUGCAGUAUCUGCCUCGAUGGCUUCGACGAGGAGCAAGGCGAUGCUAUGCGAGGCACAGCCUUACCAUGCGGCCAUAUCUUCCACUGGAGUUGUCUCGAGUCCUGGUUCUUUGGACCUUCCGCUGUCAACACCAGCCGCAGCAACAAUCGACGAUGUCCGCUCUGCUCAAAACAGACAAACCCCGCCAGCAGAAUCAAGCUCUUUCCCUCCGAUGGCGAGGACCUCACCACCUACCUCGACGGUCAGCGCCAACAGUCAAUGCCGGCCAUAAACGAGAAUGGCGAUCUAAUCGAAGACGCUGAAGAGAACGUUCCUCGAUACAACCAACUACUCAACGACCUGAUCGACUUCAACACUUCCAUUCAGAACUAUGUGAUGGCCGUGCAUACUACUCGACUGGACUACGUGUACAAGUCUGGCAUCAGAAUCCGCAAGCUAAUAGUCGAUCUCACCAAAGACACUGGUCAAGAAGCGUCGGAAUCGCUGAUGUUGGCCUUGGACGCACUUGAGAACGCUGCUGCAGAGUUCAAAAACCUGAUGAACGAUCUCAACCGUAGUGUUCGCCGCAACAGGCAGCUUAAAACCAAGCUCGACAAGGAAGGGAAGGAAGCGCAGGAAAAGAAAGAACAGGCGGACCAGAAGCUCAAAGAUGCCCAUGUGAAAGUUGCUGAUGCCGAGAGAAGGCUUAUGGAAGCGAAUCGGCGCGCGCACGAUGUCGAACUGAUGCAGGCCCGACACAAAGAUCUUCUUGCGACCAUUUGGACCGAGCAAGAGGCUCUCAAAAGGAAGGAAGCUGAGCUUCGAAGCCAAAACAACAAGGUUCAGCUCGAAACGAAUCUGAAGCUCUCGAAUAUGAAACAUCAGACCGAACGGCAGCUCGUGGAUAUGCGCGAAAAGAUGGAGGAAGCGUUGAGAAAGUGCGCGGCAGCGGAGAAGGAACGUAUACUCGUACACGACAAGAAUUGCAUCCUUGCAGAUCAGCUUCGGAUCAAGAAUACCAAGAAGAACUUAGCUCCUCCGGGUGCUUCCGCGGCCAAGUCUGGCGGUAUGGCGGAGAAGGAUCGUCGCAUUCGAGCUCUUGAAGUCGAACUCGAGAAUAAGACAAAGUUGUUGGAAGAGCUUGUUGGCAUUACUCCGAGUCAACGUCGCACUGUUCGCAACACCAAGAACAUUGACGCCAACGUGUUGGUCGAUCUGACGCGCUCAAGCAAUCCUCUCGAGCACAGUAAACAUGACUCUCGCGCCACUCCACGUGAUGGGUUCCAGAUCGGCUCGCAAGCUUCCACUUCUGCAGCCAUUGCACCACCUGCGACUGGCAAAAGAGGAUCUGCAUCGCCCACAACACAACGCAAGGGCAGGAAGAGAGCACGCACGAGUCUCUCUGUCGAACCUGAACGACUCGAUGACGAAGAUGAUGAUGCGCAAUUCCCUAUGCCAGGCCAAGGAGCGCCAGCUCGGGUUCAAGGCUCUGGAAAGCCUUAUCCUCCCAUGCAAGCUCUUCUUGAAAUGGUUCAGCGCAAACCAACCCCCACCAAUCAAGCCUCUUCCACAUCCGCUGAAGCACCAGGACCCGCAACAGAGACUUCCAAACCACCAACUUCAGCCAACGCCGGACAAAAGAGCCCAGCUCGUUCACCAAACAACAAACGCAAAGCUCGUGCGUCAGACACCUCCUCUAACACCAGUAAAGCCAGUUCCAAUGAAUACGCCUGGCUCCAAAAUGCUUCCAACGUGCAACUCGGUCCGAAGCGACGCAGCAAAGCAAAGUAA